GUUAUUGUUGUGUAGAUUUUUUCCAGGCAUCACACUACAAAUUUUCGGCAUCAUCUUGUAUCAUUAAUUAUAAUAUUCACAAAAGGAAGAAUGGAGCAAUUGUUACCAAUUAUUAACAAAAUCCAGGAUGUUUUUGCAACUGUUGGAUUGAAUGACUCGAUCGAUCUACCACAAAUUGCCGUCGUUGGUAGUCAAAGUUCAGGAAAAUCCUCUGUAUUGGAAAAUGUUGUCGGAAGAGAUUUUUUACCAAGAGGUUCAGGAAUUGUUACUAGAAGACCUCUGAUUUUGCAAUUAAUAACAAUAGCAUCAAAAUAUAAGGCCGUUGAGGAAGUAACCGAACAACAAAAACAACAAGAAGAAUACGGUGAAUUUUUGCACUUGCCAAACAAGAAGUUUUAUAACUUUUCUGAAAUCAGAGAGGAAAUUGUGAGAGAAACCGAUAGAAUUACUGGAUCAAAUAAGAAUAUUAGUUCUGCUCCUAUCAAUUUGAAAAUCUAUUCACCAUAUGUUCUCAAUUUGACAUUGAUUGACUUGCCAGGUAUCACAAAGGUUCCUGUUGGUGACCAACCAAAGGACAUUGAACAACAAAUCAGAAAGAUGAUUCUUCAAUUUAUUUCUAAACCAACAUGUAUUAUUUUGGCUGUUACUGCAGCAAAUACCGAUCUUGCUAACUCUGAUGCUUUAAAGUUGGCAAAAGAAGUAGAUAGAACUGGAGAUCGUACUUUGGGUGUAUUGACAAAAGUGGAUAUUAUGGAUAAAGGUGUCGAUUGUAUGGAUAUUAUUAGAGGAGAAGUUUUACCACUCAAAAUGGGAUACAUUGGUGUUAUCAACAGAUCUCAAAAUGAUAUUAAUACUAACAAAUCAAUCAGAGAUGCAUUGAAAGAUGAAGAUGCAUUCUUUAGAAACCAUCCAUCAUAUAGAAGUUAUGCCAACAAUAUGGGAACAAAGUAUUUGGCAAAAACACUCAAUAAGAUUUUGCUCAAUCACAUCAAUAAUGUUCUCCCAGAGCUUAGAAACAAAAUUGGAAAUCUCUUGACUCAAUGCCAACAAAGAAUGAAAGAAUAUGGAAGUGGUCCAAUCAGCGAUGAUUCUCCAGGUGCUCUCUUAUUGCAACUUUUAACUGACUAUACAACUGAAUAUAUUGAUUCUAUUGAUGGAAGAAAUACUGAAAUUAUCAAGAUGAAUGAACUUUUCGGAGGUGCUCUUAUCAAUAAUAUUUUUGUUUCCAAAUAUUAUCCACAAUUAUCAGAACUUGAAGCUUGUGAAAAUUUGACAGAUUUUGAUAUCAAGACAGCUAUUAAGAAUGCUAAGGGUUCAAAGACUUCUCUUUUCGUUCCUGAAGCAGCUUUUGAAAUUCUUGUAAGAAGACAAGUUAAGCUUCUUGAAGAUCCUAGCAUUCAAUGUGUAGAUAGAGUUUUUGAGGAAUUGAUGAAUAUUGAAGAUUUUUGUGAAAAGAAACUUAUUCGUUUUCCAAAUCUUAAGGAACGUGUCAAGGAAUUUAUCAUUCAAUUAUGGAAAGGUUAUACCAUUGAACUUAAGGAAUUUAUUAGAAAUAUGAUUCGUAUUGAAUUGGCUUAUAUUAAUACUAAUCACCCAGACUUUAUGGGAAGUAGUAAGAAUGUAUUCAGCCUCAUGAUGCCAAAUAAGAAUCGUGUAAACCGUGUUCAAAGUGGUGACCAUUUACAACAACAGCAACAACAACAACAUCAAAUGAGACCAAACAUGCACCAAAUUCGUAGUCAAAAUCCAAUGCCAUCUGAAGAUGAUAUGUACGAUUACAAUCCAAACCAAGGUAACACAAGGUCUGGAUUACAACCUCCUGUCAAUUCUAUGGGACUUAUGGGUGGCUCAUUAGGAGAAAGAGAAAAUCAAGAAGUUGAAGUCAUUCGUGCUCUUCUCACAGCCUAUUUUGAUAAUGUUGUCAGAAAGAAACUUGCUGAUCAAGUUCCAAAGUCUAUUAUGGCUUUCCUUGUUAUCAAGACCAAGAGCAAUUUACAAAGUGAACUCAUCAAAGAGCUUUACAAACCAGAACUUUUUGAAACACUCUUAAAGGAAAAUGAUGCUAUUGCUCAAAAGAGAAAGCAAACUCAAAAAAUGCUCAAAGCCCUCACGAAAGCUCAAAAUGCCAUCAAUGAAAUUAAGGGUAUUAGACUUUAAAAAAAUUGUAAAAAUAAAAUAUAAUUAUUAUAUUUUAAUAAUAAUUAUUUGAUGAU